AUGGACCGUGAUAGAGUCUUUAGUUCCAUUAACUCUCCUCCAUAUUUUGAUGGGAAAGAUUACUCUCAAUGGAAAGUAAUGAUGAUGGCUUUCCUGCAAUCUCAAGAGGAUAAGUUAUGGAGCAUUAUAGAGAAGGGUUGGAUAGAACCAACUAAAAAGGAAACUGAAACUUCAAAUCCUAUUCCUAAACCAAGAGGUGAGUGGACUGUUGCUGAGCAAUCUGAUCACAAAUGUGAUACUAAAGCUCGCUAUAGCCUUUUCGCUGCCUUGUCGGAUAAGGAAAGAAAAAGAAUUACAAAUUGUCCAACUGCUAAAGCUUCUUGGGAAUUACUUCAAACCACUCAUGAGGGUAACAAAAAGGUGAAGGCACAAAAACUUCAAAGCCUUGUGCUUGAAUUUGAAGAAAUGACUAUGAGAGAGGAUGAAUCUGUUGAUGACUUCCAUAGUCGCCUCAUCAAUGUUACCAAUCAAUGUCAUGGGUUGGGUGAUCCUAUUUUAGAGCAUAGAAUUGUGAAAAAGUUUCUUCAUGCUCUUCCUCCUAGUUUUGAGGCUAAGCAAAUUGCCAUUGAGGAAGCUCAAGAUCUUGAUUCAUACUCAUUAGAUGAGCUUGUGGGAAAUAUGAAAACCUUUGAGUCAAAAAGGAGAAAGGGUCAGAAAGAAAAAUCAAUUGCUUUAAGCACUUUGAAAAAAGAAGAAGACCCUUCUGAUUUUAAUCUAGAAGAAUUUGCUGUUCUCACAAAAUAUGAAUCGGAAACUCAGUCCGACCAUGAAGAGGAGAAUGUUGCUCUUGUUGCUACCACCCAAAAUGAGUCCUCAAAUGAAUCUGAUGAUGAUGAGCACUCUGAGGAGGUAGCCACUAACAAGUUCCAGCAGCUGUACAAAGCCUCAAAAAUAAUGAUUGGAAAGACUGAGGAAUUGAAGGAUCAACUUGCUUCUUGUGAAAAAGAAAAAACUGGGAUAGCAGAGAAGUUGCAAUCCUGCAAGAAGAAGUGGGAAUUUGAAAGAAAUGCCUUGGUAAGUCAAGUGGAGACUCUGCAAGAGAACUUGAAUGCUCAAAUCAGGUUAGUCAAUUCUCUAACUUCUGAAAAAAUCUCUCUUGAAAAAUCUUUCCGUGAUUCUCAAGAAAAGUUUCCAAAAUGA